AUGGAGUUCGAGCAACUUCACAUGAAGUGCGAUGUCCAAGAACCUGAAAAGCAAACUGUAGCUCGUUAUCUUGGAGGUCUCAAUGUUGAAAUUGUAGAUGUUGUUCAACUACAACCAUAUUGGAACUUUAAUGAUGUCAUUAGAUUAACAUUAAGUUCAAACUAUGGGAGACAAAAUUCAGCAACCAUUCCGCUUUCAACAGUAAACUCUUCCAAAACUGCAAGCAAAAAUGAUAAAGAAACUGCUUUUAUUCGUGCUUUUAAUGUCAAUAAGAAGUGCUUCAAAUGUCAAGGAUUUGGACAUAUUGCUUCUGAUUGUCCAAAUCGAAGAAUUAUCUCUUUAGUAAAAGAAGAAGUUAUGGAAGAAUUUAUCAUGGAAGAAUUUAUCAUGGAAGAAAUAGAAGACGAGCUAGAAAUAAUUAAUGGAGAUAAGAUAGAAGAAGUUGUUGCUGACCGUGGAGAAGUUCUUGUCAUUCAUCAUAACCUCAAGACUGUUAUGAUGAAUGAAGAUGAAAGUUGGCUUCGCCACAACAUCCUUUAUACAAGGUGCACAUCCCAAAGGAAGGCUUGCAAUGUUAUUAUUGAUAGUGGAAGUUGUGAGAACGUUGUUGCCAAUUACAUGGUGGAAAAGUUAAAGCUUCCAAUUGAGACACACCCUCAUCCUUGCAAGCUACAAUGGCUAAGAAAACGAAAUGUAGUAAAGGUAACGAGGCAUUGUUGUGUUCAAUUCUCUAUUGAAAAUAAGUAUCAAGUUGAAGCCUGGAGUGAUGUUAUCCCAAUGGAUGCAUGCCAUUUGUUGUUGGGACGCCUAUGGCAAUAUGUUCAUUGA